GAAAUUUGGGUUCUCGACCGCCAAGUCUUUCAAGUUCACUCCCUCCACAGGCCCAUGGAAGUCAAUCAUCGCAACCACCCAUGUCCAUGGCCACCCUCCUUAUUCCCAACUCCUUCACCACUAAACUCCCUGGCCCGCGCUACUGUCACCGGAGGUUCACCUGCUCCUCCGCCACGACCCAAUCCCGAUCCGCCAAGGAGCACCUUCUCGCCCUCAUAGCGGACCAGGACCGCGGCCUCCGGACGCAGAGCGACCCCUUGAAGCGAGCUGCGAUAGUUGAAGCCAUCGACGCGAUGGCCGCCGUAGGCUCUGGCUCCGUCACCACCGGCGACUCUCUGUCGGCGACGUGGCGGCUGCUGUGGACGACAGAGAAGGAGCAGCUCUUCAUCAUCGAGAAGGCUCCCUUAUUUGGAACCCGAGCCGGCGACGUGUUGCAGGUCAUAGAUGUUCGGAAUGGGACGCUCAACAACGUCAUCACGUUUCCCCCUGAUGGCGUUUUCUUUGUUCGAUCCAGUAUUGAGGUUGCGUCGCCGCAGAGAGUGAAUUUCAGAUUUACAAGUGCAGUAUUACGUGGAAAGAAUUGGGAAAUACCAUUGCCACCAUUUGGACAGGGUUGGUAAGUACUUUUUAGUUCGAUUAUAUAAGAAUAUGUUUGAUAAGCUCUCAUGUAUCUUUACACGAUAACCAAUGAUUUCAAAGUUUAUUCUUCCACAUUUUCCUAUCUUCAAAUUUAAUGGUUUUGCUUAGAAGAGAAGAAUGAAGCUAACUUGAAGAGUUGAAAAUGUCGACAAAAGUUAUUGUUAGCAUACCUGGUUAAGGUUGGCUAGGAAUAACUUUCAAUGUUGACACUUAAAUGUUUGUAGCUUAGGUGUAACGAAAGCUUUUUUA